AUGAAGGCGCUCUUCCUGGCCGUCAGCUUCUGCCUGGUUGCUGCCCUGCAGGCUCAGGACCUCUCGCCCCUUGCUUUGAAUAACGGGAUUUUUUCCGGGAAGUGGUUCAUGAAGGCCUUGGUGAUGCAAGACCAGGUCCCGCUAACGAAGGUCUCGCCCACACUCAUCUGGGUGCUAAGCAACGGCGACAUGGAACUUUCUCUCACACAUAUGAUCUAUGGCCAGUGUCUUGAAGUGACCACCAUCUUAGAGAAGACAGAGGUGCCCGGCCAGUACCGUGCCUUUGAGGGUAAGAGCCACCUGCGGGUGCAACUGUCUUCCGUGAGGGACCACUUCAUGCUCUAUUGUGAUGGGGAGCUGGACGGCGCACACUUCACGAUGACCCAGCUCAUGGGGAGGGACCCCAAGGAAAACCUGGAGGCCUUGGAGGAAUUUAAGGAGUUCACACGGCAAAACAGACUUGCACUGGAGAACCUGGUCAUACCGGAGCAGAUGGAGGAAUGUAAACCAGAGGGUGACUAG